CUAACCUCGGCCGAUUCCGGUACCCUUCAUCUAACCUCGGCUGUAUCAGAGUUUUGAUAUGCGCUUACGCCAGACAUUUGUGAUGCGGCUGCCUAUUCACUCAGAUGUAAACAGACAGGAAAACGUAGUACAACAAAAUGGCCGCCUUCGAGGAUUGUUUACAGUUUGCUACGCAAACAUGCCCUCUGUAUUCAGAAAAAGGAGAAUUGUGUUGAAAGAAAAACAAGUGGAAACCUUAAGAGCGUUGUAUGACGGAAAGGACUGCGUAUCGGUUUUGCCUACUGGAUACGGCAAAAGCGUGAUAUUUCAGCUUUUGCCGUGGUUUAUACAACGGAAAUACAAUCACAGCCAUCCUAAGACAGUGUUGGUGAUAUCGCCUUUAAAUUCACUAAUGCAUGAUCAAGUCCUUGGUCUAAGGAACAAGGGAGUCGCAGCAUGUGUUGGGAAUAUAACAGGUACACAUGGGAUGACCUACAACCUGAAGGAAGAUAUUGAUGAUGAAGUUGAUGCUGCAGAUGAAGCAUGCGCACUACAGUCAGACGUACCAUUUGACAAAAUUGAGAGGGGCGAUUUUGUCUUGAUCUAUGCCCAUCCAGAGACAUUCAUCAAAACAAAGUUUUCCAAACUUAUUAGGUCAAAGAGUUUCCAGCGUAAAGUGUGUGCCAUAGUCAUAGAUGAAGUACACAUGGUCUCGGAAUGGGGUGAUGAUUUCCGUCCAGCUUUUGGAAAAUUGGGAGAACUUGUUUGUAUUUUUGAAAAUGCAAUUCAUUUAGCACUAACAGCCACAGCUACUGCUAAAUCAGUGGAAAAUCUGUCAAAGGUGCUAAAUUUUGACAGGCCUGUAGUGAUAACUUUGAAUGUUGAUAGGCCUAACAUUUAUAUCGAGGUGAGGAAAAGACUGCCAAACAUCAGGAAGUUUGAUAAAUUAAACAAUAUAAUCACCCCAAUAGCAGAUGAACUCCGAGAGAAAAGGGAUGUGUUCCCAGUUACGAUAAUGUAUGUUGAAAGUUUGGAAAGUCUUGGAUAUUUUUUCCAAUUUUUGACACAUAACUUGUCAGACAUAUCAUACAAUGGCGAUGCAGUACCACAGAAUAGGAUCUUUGCACAGUUUCAUAAAGAUUAUCCAGCCUCCAUGAAACAAGUGAUAAUUGAGGAACUAGUGAAACCCAACCCUAAAGUUCGUCUUGUACUUGCAACAAUGGCUUUGGGAAUGGGUGUCAAUGCACCCAGUGUAGAACGUGUGAUUCACUGUAGGCCACCAACCACCAUGGAAGCAUAUUUACAAGAAAUGGGAAGGGCAGGUAGACUGGGACAAUCAGCACAAGCCAUACUGUUUUACAACAACAGUGACAUAGCGAGAAAUAGGAAAGGCUUAUCUGAAGACAUGCGCAAGUUUUGUACACAUGCAGGAUGUUACCGAAGAAACCUUGUAAAUUACUUUGGAUUUGAUAGUGUUUUGUUUGAUGGUGAUAAAAACAACUGUUGCUCUAAUUGCAGAUCUACAGAAAAUCAGUGAUGUGACUACACCAUUCAUUGCUAUAUAGUAUAUAUAUAGAACAAAUUGAUCUAAUGUUUAUCAUCAAUACCUGAUCACGAAUGGAGUUUAAACCAGUUUGGCUAAAAUAAAUUGUUUGCCUUGUACUUACAGCCCAACUAUUUUUUGUUCAUUUAAACAAUGUAAAGUCAAUGUCUUUCUCAAACCUUUCCAAAUGUGAGAAACUGAUCAUUAUAAUUAAUGUAAUAUGUAUAAUAAUAAUGAUUGGAAGCUGUAAUAUAUCAAAAUCAUAAUCUGAAUACAUUUCCAACCUGGCUGACUUCGGCAAUUUUCCAUCAAAUGUCCUCAUUAUAAUGCUUAUAUUAAUACCUAAAGUUGAUUGUUGUUGACAUUUGCAAAGUCAAAUAAAGGGCAAUAUAUUCAACUUUACUUUUGAAAUCUAUCAUAAUCCAGUAUAUAUAACUCUGUACUUUGAUUUAGAAUCCAAAAAGAAAAAAAUCAAAAUGGUCACCUGGCCAUCUUAAGCUUGCAUUUGCUUUUGAUAAGGCAACAUUUAUGAUGGAUGUGAUCUGACGAAUAGAUGAUUGGUAUAUUGGGAUUCUUUAAGAUGAAGGUUGUUAUAAAAGAUGUAUGCAUGAUGGUCAUAUUUAUUAUUGAAUAGUGAACUUUUAAUUAUCAUAUACAUGAUACAUCUUAAACUAAAUUAUAGUUAAUGUUGAAAUUGAUCAAGAAUUUGAUGAUGUACUGUCAGUUUUAAAUAUAUUCUUUUGUAGAAAUUAUUGAUUUUAUUAUUUUUCACAGAUCCCGAGUUUCAAUCAUAAUCAACCACUUGAAAAAGCACAAGAAAUAAUAACUCUAAAAGUAAAGCUUCAUGUCUAACUUUUAUUCAAGUUGCAUAAUCACAUUGUAGUCUUAUGGUAGGCUUGGAAUAAUUUGAUAAUGAGGGUACAUAAUUAUUUUUAAAAAAAUAU